AGAGAGAAGGGGAGGAAGAAGCAGAGCUCCCAUCUCUCGCUGUCUCCCCUCCUCCUCCACGUGGAGUGUAUAUACGUAGGCGCACGCGCGCGCACGCACGCGGGCGUCUCCUCCGCCAUCGCCAUAGCCACCACCACCACCUCGCCUCGCCGCGGCGGCGUUCCUUCCUCCUCCUCCUCCUCGCCGGCGCCGGCUUCAUGCUGUCCUGAGGAGUGGAAUGCGCGUUGGUGAUUAGUAGGCCACCAGCACUAUCAUCUCUCCUGGGCCUGUUUGCCCAAUUUAUCAUCAGCUUCCUGGAAUCUUAAGAAAAACAAAAAAUACCAUGGGUGCCUGCGUGUCUUCAAGCAAAAAGCGGAGAUCACAGAAGUUGUGCUGUAUAUAUCGGCGUUAUCGUGGAAAAAUUUUGAGCAAUGCGCCUAUAGUACGUGCCAGUGAUGCAGGGAGUUGUUCUGCUCCUGGAGAAGUUGUUCAUGUGGAGACUUCUGCGGCCACUAGGCGGAAAUCUGAUGUCUCGAACAUAACAUUUCAUCUCACGCAGUUGCAAUGGCAUCAUAGUGAGCUUGACUCAGAAAAUGGCAAUGUUGUGUGUCAGGAAGAAGCUUGGUUUGACUCUCUCAGUAUUUUAGGAUCUGAUUCUGAUGAAGACUUCAGCAGUGUUAAUGGAGACCUCCCUCCCAUGUCAAAUUCAGUGUGUACACAAUUAAUGCAUUGUGAAGAUGCUUUUUGCAUUGCUGAUGCAAUCCAGAAGUUUGAGAGGAUUUUCGAUGGCUCAUGUGUUGCUCAAGCCGUUGGACAAUACCUAAAGAGAGAUGGAAACAAAAUGGAUAGACCAAUUCAAGCAGAUAUUCAAGAAUCAGAAAAACCUAAAAUUCCAAGCCCAGAAUCAUGUGAUGUGUCUGACGCACAGGUUGAGGAAACAAGGACAAGAAAUGAGGGUAUAAAAAUACUGACAAAACUAAGAAGAGGCGAGGACGCAUGUAAUACGUUGAAAUCUUUAAAGGAUGGAGACAAGGCUCAUGAAAGUAUCUUCAAAAGUUUGACACCAGUGUGCACACCUCGCCAUGCUAAUAAGGUUCAGCCUUUGGCUGUAGCAAGCCCUCGGGGACAAAAGAAGAAAUCAGGAGUUGUCAGGCUCUCUUUCAAGAGGAAAUCUUUUGAUGGAGAACAAACUACUGAAAUAUGUUCUUCUAGGAGAUACUUGAUUUGUCCAAGAGCUGGAUUAUUGGUUCCUCAAGCCAGUGAGAAAAUAUCAGAAAGUUGUUGGUCCAUUCUUGAGCCGUCGACUUUUAAACUACGUGGAGAAACCUUUUUUAAAGACAAAAAGAAGUUACCUGCCCCUGGAAGUUCACCAUAUACUCCGAUUGGGGUGGACAUGUUCAUGUCCCCAAGGAAAAUUCAUCACAUUGCCCAGCAUAUUGAGCUCCCAUCUGCUGGACCAAGCGAGAAAAUUCCUUCUUUACUUAUAGUAAAUAUUCAGAUGCCUACAUAUCCUGCUGCUAUGUUCCUUGGUGACAGCGACGGGGAAGGCGUUAGUCUAGUGUUGUAUUUCAAACUGAAUGAGAACUUUGAGAAGGAAAUUUCUCCUCUUUUUCUUGACAGUAUAAAGAGACUUGUAAAUGAUGAGAUAGAAAAGGUUAAGGGGUUCCCAUUAGAUUCAACAGUUCCUUACAGAGAAAGAUUGAAAAUAUUGGCAGGGUUAGUAAACCCUGAUGAUAUGAACCUGAGUUCUGCAGAGAGGAAGCUUGUGCAGGCUUAUAACGAAAAGCCAGUCCUUUCACGACCUCAACACAAUUUUUUUGUGGGACCAAAUUACUUUGAGAUAGACCUUGACGUGCACCGGUUUAGCUUCAUCUCAAGGAAAGGGCUUGAAGCAUUCCGAGAACGGUUGAAAAAUGGUAUAAUUGAUCUAGGUUUGACCAUACAGGCCCAGAAGCAAGAAGAGCUCCCUGAGCAUGUGCUGUGCUGUGUAAGGCUGAACAGAGUCGAUUUCGUCGAUCAUGGGCAGAUACCAACGCUCUUGCCUUGCGACGACGACUGAUAGCUUUAACUGGAUCGCAUGCUAAUUUAACUGGAUCUGAUGCUUCAGUCAAGAGCGGUAAACCGGUAACAGGAGACCAUAAGUUCUGUGCUUUGAAACUUAGAUGAACUCACCUCGGUUUUGGGAGGGUGGACAUGGCAUGGUGGCGUCGCUCUGGCCCAUCGGAUCAAGAUCAACUGCUCUGGUGAAGAGUUCUGUAAAAACGAAAAAAAAAACUGCGUACAUAGUUAUGCAUGUUGUUUGUAGUCUGGUUUGUGGAUCAUUUCUAUGGGAAAUUUGUUCUGCAAAUCAGGAAUUGGCUGGUACCAAGACCGCCUUAUCAAUCUAUUCGUUCGAUUCAUCUGUUCUCAA